AUGGGCGGUCCUGGCCAGGUGAUCGAGUAUAUCCAAGAUCGCCUGUACCUCGCUUCCUAUGACUCCCCACCCGAUCCAAAGGCUCCGUUCCCCUUCCCUCUGGAGCAAUCCAAAUCUCCCAGCAAACGCUCCGCACGAGGCCAGCCCCAGACGCCUAGCAAGAAGCGGUACCCCGUGUAUUUCACCGCAGAUGAUACUCUUUUCUACAACUCCUUCCAUGCAGACUUCGGUCCUCUUCAUAUAGGACAUCUGUAUCGCUUUGCUGUUCAUUUCCACGAGAUUCUUGGCGAACCUGCAAACAAAGAUCGCGCAGUGGUCUUUUACUCAAAGAGCGAUCCACGGAGUCGUGCCAACGCAGCAUGCCUUGUCGCUUGCUAUAUGGUUCUCAUCCAGUCUUGGCCGCCACACCUUGCCUUGGCCCCAAUCGCACAGGCUGAUCCGCCGUACAUGCCUUUCCGGGAUGCGGGAUACAGUCAGGCAGAUUUCACUUUGACAAUUCAGGACGUAGUGUACGGAGUGUGGAAGGCGAAGGAACAGUCACUUUGCAGUCUGAGCAGCUUCAGCCUUGAAGAAUAUGAGAAGUUCGAACGGGUCGACAUGGGUGACUUCAACUGGAUCACCCCUCAGUUCCUCGCCUUCGCCUCCCCGCAGCAUGAACCUAUUGCACCAAUCCCUUCCAACACCCCCGAAUACGCUGCGUUGCCGUCAACAGUUUCCCAGGUCAUCGCAUCUAAGCUGCCACUUCCUUUCAAGAACGUGCUGGCGCAUUUCGCGACUCGUAAUGUGGGUCUCGUUGUGCGACUAAACUCAGAGCUGUACUCUCCGUCUCACUUCACAGCUUUGGGAAUCAACCACAUCGAUAUGAUAUUUGAAGAUGGUACUUGUCCUCCAUUGCCGUUGGUUCGACGAUUCAUCAAAAUGGCACAUGAGAUGAUCACAGUCAAGAAUAAGGGAAUCGCAGUCCAUUGCAAGGCUGGUUUGGGUCGCACCGGUUGCUUGAUUGGUGCCUAUCUUAUCUACCGGUACGGGUUCACCGCCAACGAGAUUAUCGCCUUCAUGAGAUUCAUGCGUCCCGGCAUGGUGGUUGGUCCACAGCAACAUUGGCUGCACUUGAACCAGGGCUCAUUCCGUGAAUGGUGGUUUGAGGAUAGCAUGAAGGAGAAGCUGGCCCAAAUGCAGCCAGCACCGAUUACACCUGGAAGAGCAUCUACCAAGCAUCGUGUCAACAACGGCCCGAUCGCGACACCACCCAACAAUAGUCACUCCAAGCGUUCCGCGCUUGGAGAGAUUGACCACAACGAGGGUGCCGGAACGAGCGAAGAGUACCUUCCUGCUCCAACUCCUGGCCAACCUCGCAAGUCCCACCGGAAGGACUCUCGUCAUCAUCCCUAUGCACGCACCACUUCUGGUACUCUCGUUGUCGACAGAGACACGAACAAGACUGAAGAGCAGACCAGGCAGCGCAGUUCCCGUCUCAGCAAUGACAGCAGCGAAAGUGAAGAGGAGAUCCAACUGCGCAUGUUGGCCAAGCGUUCCUCUCGAUCGCCCGUGGCAUCACCAAGCCAGCGAUCUGUCAGUUACUCUGCUACAGUGACUGCCAGCUAUACCUUGACAGAUGACAUCCACGAGGACAGAGAGAAUUGGGGGGAAGCUGGACAUGCAGCACCCAAGACUCCCUUGAGCAGUAAGAGCGGAAGUGGCGCCAUUUCAGUCACCAAAGUUCGUACAAGCCCUCGGCGUGUGACCGACAGUAGAAGCGCUUCCAAAGGUGUUCGCAAGAUCAGCGGUCGAAUCGGUAGCACAGGGAGUCCCACCCGAGUCAAAUAG